AUGGCGCGUCACGCCCAGAAGUGGCGUGACGCGCCAGCGUUGAACAGUGGCGACGAGGUCAACAAGGCUUCCCAGUCGAUGGAGGCACGCGUCAUAAAUCCUCGGAGUGCACUACUUUCAAACUACGAAGUGUUGUCCCUUCUGCAAGAGCUUGAAGCCGAUCAUCUUGCAAGGACUAAGAUCGCGCAUCGCAUCAAGAAAGAGGAGGAGGCCGCUGGGACGGACGUCUCCGUCCCAAUAGGGGGUGGCAGGCCGUCAACUGCUGUCGAGACACUCGAAAACUUGCGAACAGUAUCAUUCGAGGCAAUAAAAUAUCUAUCUGCUGACCAUCAGUCAACAACCUCACAAACCCCUGAAGCUGUAACUGAACUCGUGAAAUCCCUUGAAUCGUAUGGGUUCACCAAGGCAGAGAAGCUUCAAAUCGUCAACCUGGCUCCUCAAGAACAGAUCGAAUUGUAUGUUAUUGUAGAGGAGCUUGAAGACCGCCUUUCUCAAGAGCAGAUGGUUGAAGUCGCAGAACACGUCAAGAAGUCCUUGGCAGCGGCUCCGUCGCUCUCCAUUGUGGCGCAGCCAUCACAUAAGCCGCUCAUUGUCAAGGCGGAUGAAAAUUGGGACGCGACUGACGAUGUAGACGAGGAGUUUGAUGACCAGGGUGAGGGCGCUGGUGUCGAAGGUGAUCUCGACAUGGAGGAGGAUUAG